CAAGAUACUCUCCAUUUUUGACACAGAAGCAGAUGCAGAUCCGAUAGUGACGUGGAAGACGUUUAAGGAGCCGGCCAAUUUUUUGCUUCAAUUGAGUUUAAAAUGAUGGGAAUGAAGCGCGAUAAAAAAGAUGAAGAAGAUGCUAGUGGAGGAAAUCCAUUCCACAAUGUGGAGAAAACUGCAGUUCUUCAGGAAGCCAGAAUUUUUAAUGAGACACCAGUAAAAGCACGAAGAUGUACUCAUGUUUUGACCAAGAUACUUUACCUUAUUAAUCAGGGUGAAAUACUUGGAACAACUGAAGCAACAGAGGCAUUCUUUGCUAUGACCAAACUUUUCCAGUCUAAAGAUGUUGUUUUGCGUCGAAUGGUGUAUCUUGGCAUCAAAGAGCUGGCAAUGAUAGCUGAGGAUGUUAUUAUUGUUACAUCAAGCUUAACUAAAGAUAUGACAGGAAAAGAAGAUACUUAUCGUGCACCAGCAAUUCGUGCCUUAACAGCUAUCACUGAUAACACAAUGCUUCAAGCCAUUGAGAGGUACAUGAAACAAGCCAUUGUUGACAAAUCACCAGCCGUGAGCAGCGCAGCAUUGGUUAGCAGUCUUCAUCUUUUCAAAACAGCACCGGAAGUCAUCAAGCGCUGGGUAAACGAAGCCCAAGAAGCACUGAAUUCCGACAAUGUCAUGGUUCAGUACCAUGGCUUGGGUCUUCUCUAUCAAAUCCGUAAGACCGAUCGCUUGGGCGUUACCAAGCUAGUGGCUAAGCUAACCAAAAUGCCGCUGAAGUCACCUUAUGCAGCUUGUCAUUUGAUUCGUAUGGUUUGCAAACUUAUUGAAGAAGAGGAAAGUGCUGGUGGAGAAGUAACAACUUUGAUGGAUUACCUCGAAUCGUGUCUACGGCACAAAUCUGAAAUGGUUAUCUAUGAAGCGGCUCACGCAAUUGUAAACCUUCGUCGAACCGGUCCUCGCGAAUUAGCUCCGGCUAUCUCGGUGCUACAGCUCUUCUGCUCGUCACCAAAACCAGCGUUACGUUUUGCUGCCGUACGGACGCUAUCAAAUGUCGCAAUGACGCAUCCUGCUGCUGUCACAGCGUGCAAUUUAGAUUUGGAGAACCUUAUCACGGAUUCAAAUCGUUCGAUUGCCACGUUGGCCAUUACAACUUUGUUGAAAACUGGAGGAGAAGCGUCAGUUGACAGGCUGAUGAAACAGAUUGCCUCAUUUGUCUCCGAAAUUUCUGACGAAUUUAAGGUGGUAGUUGUUGAAGCCAUAAGAUCGCUAGGAUUAAAAUAUCCUCGCAAGCACAGUACGUUGAUGAGCUUCCUGUCGGGAAUGCUGCGUGAUGAGGGUGGACUCGAGUACAAAGCCUCAAUCGCCGAUACUAUUAUCGCUAUCGUAGAAGACAAUCCGGAUGCCAAAGAAGCUGGUUUAACUCAUUUAUGUGAGUUUAUUGAAGAUUGUGAGCACACAAGUCUAGCCGUGCGCAUCCUUCAUUUGCUUGGUCGUGAAGGACCACGCACUAAACAGCCUUCUAAAUAUAUCCGAUUUAUAUACAAUCGCGUCAUCUUGGAGAAUGCUGCUGUUCGAGCAGCUGCUGUAUCAGCGCUGUCUCAUUUUGGUGCAACAUGCGAAGACCUGUUGCCAAAUAUUUUAGUACUGCUUCAGCGAAGCCAAAUGGAUACUGACGACGAAGUGCGUGAUCGGGCUACAUACUUUUAUUCUGUCCUAUCUCGCAAACAAGCAGCUCUGAACAGCCAAUAUAUCUUGGAAGGCCUACAAGCUUCUCUUGUGACGCUCGAAAAAGCUUUACUGAAUUAUGUUCAGCACCCAUCGGAGGCACCAUUUGACCUCAAAUCAGUUCCACUGGCACCAGUAAUCGAAGAACGACAUGUUGCCCCUACUGGGCAGUUAGAUGGUGGAGGUUCACGAGCGACUCCGGCCAGUGUCGCUGCUCCGACGGCUACCCGUCUGCCAGCCACUGCUACUCGCCAAGAUGUCUACAUUGAGAAGCUUAGCGCCAUUCCACAGUUUGAUUCGUUUGGACCACUGUUUAAGAGCUCUGCCCCAGCUGAGUUGACUGAAUCGGAAACCGAAUAUGUUGUACGUUGCGUGAAGCAUACCUACGCUCAGCAUAUGGUUCUGCAGUUUGAUUGCACGAACACCCUAAGUGACCAGCUGCUGGAGAACGUAAACGUCGCGGUUGAGGCACCAGAAGGCUUUGAUAUUCUCGUGUCCAUUCCGUGUGACAAAUUGGAAUAUAGUGUCCUAGGGACUUGCUACGUGGCUUUGUCUCUUCCCGAAUCAGUCCUCUCCAGUACAGGAACUUGCAGUGCCACUUUGAAAUUUACAGUUAAAGAUUGCGAUCCAACUACAGGCCAACCAGAUUCGGAUGACGGCUACGAGGAUGACUACGUUCUGGAAGAUGUUGAGAUUGGAGUUUCUGAUCACAUUCAGCGAGCUGCUAAAGCUUCAUUUGGCACGGCAUGGGAGGAAAUGGGUUCUACCAAUGAAUUGCAGGAAACUUUCUCGUUACCUGCUAUCCGUACAUUGGACGAGGCUGUCCGCAAUAUCAUAUCUUUCCUUGGCUUGCAGCCUUGUGAGUGGUCAGACAAAGUGCCCGAAGGAAAGAGCGCCCAUACACUUUUACUUUCAGGAGUUUUUCGUGGUGGGUUUGAGGUAUUAGUAAGAUCUAAACUAGCCCUUUCGCCAGAAGGAGGUGUCACCAUGCAGUUAUCCGUACGGUCUGGAGAUGCGGAGGUAUCCGAGUUGGUAGCUUCCGCCGUGGGUUAAAAAUUAUUCGAGGAGGUUUCAUACUUUACCCAGUCGUGCCCACUUUUUACUUAUGGAAUAGAUUGGUCAAUAAACUGCAGUUAGCGCAUUG